GCGGAUGUGACACUGACUAAAUGCGUUUGCUGGAAAAAAUAAUGGCCUUAUCGUAGUAAACCGCUAGCAUGUCGUAUGUAGUGAACUUAAAAUUCAAGACGUGAACCGAGCCGGGUAUGUAAUCUACUGGUUUGAUAGUCACAGAAUACAUUUGUAACGUUGAUCGACCGACGGGCAGCUCGGGGUCUAAGUGGUAUAAACGUUGGACGAGGAGGACAGACGGAAGCUAUGACGGUCAGGAGAACCUGCCGACAUUCUCUGACAUGUCCAGCUUUGCUCGCCAUUUUUCUGCUAAGUGUGGCUGUACAGAUGGUGGGAACAUCGUCUGAAUCAGACCCCUACAAAAUCCUGGGUGUCAGCAGGAGUGCGAGUCAAGCAGAAAUCAAGAAGGCAUACAAGAAUCUGGCCAAAGAAUGGCACCCAGACAAGAACAAGGACCCCAAAGCUGAAGACAUGUUCAUCAAGGUUUCCAAGUCAUAUGAGAUUCUGUCUAAUGAGGAACGGAGGUCCAACUUUGACCGCUAUGGACAGGUGGAUGAAAACCAGCCCUAUGGACAGUCUCAGCAGCAAGGUUUCCGCGGCUUUCACAACAGCUUCUACUUCGACGAGUCUUUUUUCCAUUUCCCCAGGUCCAGGGACUUUGCAGACAGCAAGUACCUGCUUCACCACGCACAGUUUAACACUGAUGUCCUUCCAGACAGCCACAAGAGGCCGUACCUCAUCAAAGUGACCUCUGAGUGGUGCUUUGCAUGCAUCCACAUUGAGCCUGUGUGGAAGGAGACGGUGCAGGAGCUGGAGCCUCUGGGUGUCGGUAUUGGCAUUGUGGACCUGGGUUAUGAGCGUCGCCUGGCCAACCAGCUGGGCGCCCAUCGUGCACCCUCCAUCAUAGGGCUGGUGAACGGCAGAGUGACCUUCUUCCAUCAGGCUGUGGUUCGGGAGCACCUGCGACAGUUCAUAGAAGACCUGCUGCCCCAGAAACUGGUGGAAAAGGUCUCAGAUAACAACUACGUGGCUUUUAUGGAUAACUGGCAUGCUGAAAAUAAGCCCAGUGUUCUCUUGUUUGACCAAGUCCCUUCCGCCUCUCUACUGUACAAAUUAACAGCGUUUGCCUUCAGAGACUAUGUGCGCUUCGGCUACGUGGAUCAAGGUGAAACACACAGCACUCGAAUACUGCGGCAGUUCAACAUAAACACCUACGCCCCCACCAUGCUGCUCUUUAAGGAGGAUACACAGAAGCCUGUGGACAUCAUCCAGGCAAGAGGGAUGAAGCGACAGAUCAUGGAUGAGUUUGUCUCCAACAACAAGUUCCUGCAGGUGCCGCGGCUGGUCAACCAGCAGCUCUUUGAUGAGCUCUGUCCUGUAAAGCAGUUUCACCGUCGGAGAAAGUACUGUGUGCUGCUGAUCACAGGGGAGGACCCAGCCUUUCUCUCGGGCAAUAAGGCCUUCCUUGACUUUGCGUCGGCGAACAGUAAAGAGGUGCUGCGGUUUGCGUACGUCUAUCAGCGACACCAGCAGCCUCUCUGUCAGGCUCUGCUCCACAAUCAGGCCGCACUCUCACCUCAGGUUGUGCUUCUCGAGAGGCGGAGCCAGGCUGGCAGGGUUCUCUACCGCUCUGUAAGCGGCGGCUGGAAUGGCAGCGAGGAGGAUAAGUACCGUCUCCAUGAACAGCUGGAGCUCCUUCAGAAAGACCCCACGUACCUGACCUUGGAAUCCACCCUGCCUGAACUCAAUAACGAGAUGGCUCCGAUGUUUAUAAUUCAGUGGAUGAACGCUGCCUAUGAUUACAUCCUUCAAGUAUAUGAUGACCUCCUCUACUCAAACUGGCGAGAGAUGAUGCCCAUCCUGUCGCUGAUCUUCUCUGCCCUCUUUAUUCUGUUUGGCACAGUCAUCAUUCAGGCCUUCAGUGAGCCAGGCGAAAGCAAACCUCGUAAACCGAAACCAAGGGAGCAACCACAGACUGAGGAGGAGGCUUCGAGUCGAGCUAAUACCACAAGCCGUCCUCCUAAGAAGGACUUUGUGGAAGUGACCGAGCUGACAGACCUCACUUACACCAGCAACCUGGUCAAACUGAGGCCGGGACACAUCAAUGUCGUACUGGUGCUUACCAACGCCUCCAAGACCGCCCUGCUCAGGAAAUUUGCCAAGGAGGUUUUCUCUUUCUCUGGGACUCAGAAUCUCCACUUCUCCUUUCUCAACGCUGAUAAGCACCGCCACUGGAUGCCGUCGCUCCUUCGCUCAACCUCUGCCGUGCAGGACCAGGGCCGCGAGGAGGACGAGGAGUCUUCGGACUACUCCGGCCAUGUUCUGGCUCUCAACGGCCACAAGAAAUACCUGUGUCUCUUUAGACCUGUCUUCACGGGGGACGAUCCCAACGACUCCUCGACAGAAACCUCGUUCUCCUCCGACAGUAGGAGAAAGUCUAGGUCGAGGUCCAGAUCCAGCUCCCACUCGAGGUCCAGGUCUCAUUCCAGGGAGGACGGGGCAGGAGGGAAGAGAGGCUCCAGUAGGGCCACCACCAUCGACGUCCACCACAAGCUGGACAGGCUGGGACUGUGGAUGGAGAGGCUAAUGGAGGGCACACUACCCAGACUACAGGUCCCUGCAUGGCCUAUUCUGGAUGAAACCACAAACAACUUCUCCACAGAGAGCUGAGCUCACAGUCACAGAGGUACGAAGGGUUGCAGAGAUAUUUUGGUCUCACCUUCUGUUUUAAGUUCUUUACAUAGGUUGCUGCACUGAAAACGGUUUUAUCCUGUUUCCAGAAUGUUAUUUAUUUAUCUGUUACAGAGUGUGGAGCAGAUAAGAGAUUUACCGGUUAGACUUUGUGCACUAAUCGAACAUUUAAAAUGCAUUUAAGUGCAUGUUAAAAAGCUGCAAAAGAACGCAUAGAGAGGCAAAACUACAAAAGC